AUGUCGUAUCUAUCCAAUGGCUCUUCUUCUCCCACAAAGAUCAACCUCAACCUGGGCAGUUUACCCACAUACAUUUCCUCCACACAGGCUCCGACCAAGAGAUUGCCAUGGCGGAUAAUGCGCAACUCGGAUUGUAUUUACUCAGCUACACUCCUGCUCCCAGACGAGCUUUACGGCUUGAUAUGGCAAGCUGUAGAGAGUGACGUGCCGAAAAUUAGAUACGCCAAAGUCGUGAUGAAGCUGGAAGAACUUCUUGAUGGGGAAUUCCUCAAUGAAUACAUCAAACGAGGCAUGCAUUUCCGACCAGCUCUACAGCCAAUGGCUUCCUCUCCAUGCAAUAUCCUCAUGAUCUCAGAAGGUGAUACCAGGGCUGACAACGUUUUCUCAAUCAAGGAAGGAAUUCUGUCCAUGGAGCUCUCGAAAGACGACUAUGAACGGACGGGGCUGCAGGGGUCGCCAGUCCGCUCCGGCGGACGGAAACAUGUCAAAACGAGAUACUGUUAG